UUUUCACAUAGUAAAAUGUAUUUAUUUUUUUUCCUUAUUCUAGAUACAGUCAAUAGGCAGCUUGCUACAUCAGAAUACCAGUUGGUGGCCUCCCUGGGCACCAUAGUAUUCUAUGCACUCGACUACAUGAUGCCGGACGAGGAAGAAAGGAUACUGAGCCGCCCUUUGGAGACCCUCAUCGGGAAGAUGACAUCCACCGCGAGCGCCCAGGGCGUCCUGCAGGAGUACGAAACUGAUGACUCCUCACAGAAUGCGGAUGAGGGAAUCGAGCAGGAUUCGGGAGAGGAUGACCACAUCCUGCACAGCGACGAUGACGCCAAACAUCGGAAGGGCAUCUCUCUUAUCCAAGUUAUAGAGCUUUGUGCGAACCACUUAUCCUGUCCAGAACAAGCAGACUCUCAUUACAGGGCUGUCUGCAGAGCCUUAGUUGCAGAAGUUUUAGAACUUACUACAUUCCUAGAAAACAUAUCCAAUAGAACACAGAUGUUAUCGAAUGCUUACGAAGAUGAAACAGAUAGUGGUACUUUAGAAAAACUUCGCAUUCAAGAUUGGGCCAGAUUAUGGAUGCAGGUUAUCCACCAAUUAAGACAAGGUGUGAAAUUGAAGAAAGUGGACGAAGCACAAUUGCAGCAUCCUAUCGAGUACGCCCUCACUCCGUAUGAAAUGUUGCUGGACGACAUACGCUCAAGGCGCUACAAGCUUAGGCAAGUUAUGGUAAAUGGUGAUAUUCCUCCUAGAGUGAAAAAAGAUGCACAUGCCCUCAUAUUAGAAUUCAUUAGGUCCAGGCCUCCUCUAGUACCCGUGUCUGAGAGGAAGCUACCGCCUACACCUCCUAGACAGCUUACUGUAUAUGAGAAGCUAAUGGCAUCUAUAAAACAAGAACACAAGUUAAAACCCACACCCACAGCCUCUCCUGUGCCUGAAAGGGUAGGAAAGAGGAAAAUUGAAACUUCUCGAACAAAGCUAGAGGACACAGAUGAUACGCCACAACCGCAAAGACGACUUAUUAAAGCAGACAUUAGUUUAGGUUUUUCUUCAAGUUACGAGGAUAUUGAUGAUCUACCUCAGACUCCUCACGAGGAACCGAAGUCACUACCUCUUCAAAAUCGAAGUAAUCGGCAGUCUUCCAUUGAACGUAGUAAUAGUCAAAUAGAAAGUGUGGGGAGUAGAGAAAGGAGACACAGCAUCAGCGUGUGUGAAUCUCCUCCUAAGUCCGGUGACCAGACGCCACAGUGUGAAGGAACUCUGAAAUAUUCCACACCAUUCUAUGAAUGUUCUAGUCGGACAAGAUCCGACUAUUGGAAAUCUUCUCAGUGGCAGAGCCUUGAAUGUCUUUCCUUGACUUUAGAAGAAGUCGUCCACAUCCGUAACGUUUUGACGAAAGCUGAGCUUGAAAGUCUAAUUGUAGAUCCUACACUCUACGACGACAUAUGCAAGGGAAAGGUCUGUUUCACUUGCAAACAAGUUAGGUUUUCCUUCUUUGGUCCAUGGAAAAUAAAGUGUAAAAUGUGUGAAAGAACAGUAUGUGAUAAAUGCAGCAGUAAGAUGCGUAUCCCAACUGAACAUUUUGCCAGGAUACCAGUUUACAUGCUGAGUCCAACCCCAAGUCCACCCCCUGAGGAGGAAGCUAGUCAUAGUUUUUGGAAGUUUUCUGAGAUGUUUGGAAAAUCUGAAGCCAAAGAAAAUCUUGAAACUGUAACACCUAAGCUGCCGAGGCAAAAGACGACAGUCGACAGUGAAUGCCCCAAGAGAAAGCUGACAUUUCGACAUUCGGAAUCAGUGGAUAUGAUUGCUGACAAAAUGGGGAAGGGUCCUUUGCCCACCUCCCGCAGGAAACGAACUAAUCUACAAAGAUCAAAAACUCUCGCCCCUCCCGAAGCAUCGAAUAAAAAGAAAAGUUCCGCUGCGGAAGACGAUAAAUUGAAAGGACCUCUUGUGCCAGUUUGUAAAGACUGUAAAGUAAUGGUGUGCAAUAUUAUAAUGGCCAGCCAGGACACUGUAAGUUUCGAUCAAAGGAAGAAAAAACGAAACUCGAGAACGUGGCCCCAGAAACGAAACUCUACCACUUUACAGUUAUUUAUGGAUCCUGUUGUUGAAAGUGGGCCAACCACUCCUGAUGACGUAUUUUCUCCUGAUUCUAGGAAACUCUACACACCGUGAAAAUAUUUAUAAUUUUUCAUAUUUUUUUCCUUGUAUAUAGUUCUGAGAGUGAAGGCAGCUUGUAAAGCGUUCAUUUCUACCCUUAAAGCGUUUUUCUUCAUCAAAGUUUUUACUGAAUGUUAUGUUUUCUGAAUCACGUAAACCUAUGUAUGUGCAACCUAUGUUUUUUUUUU